UGGCGAUUCUCAUCGAAAAGUACUCGUAAAUUACAGCUUUUCCUCCCUUGAUUGUGCCAGGGAUACUUUUACAAAAAUGGCAGAGUUCUGGCUCAUUUCAGCACCCGGAGACAAAACUCCUCAGCAAACAUACUUGAGUCUUAAAGCCCGAAUGACUGGCCUCUCUCCUGUAUUUCAACUUAACCUCCCAGAACUAAAGGUUGGUAUCAUAUGACCUUAUUGUAUCGGUAAAAAAUGGGACGUAUUUGUUUUCUGUAGAACGAAUGUUGUUGUUCAACAAAGGAGUAUUCUCAGAUGACAAUUUUGGGUGAAAUCUGGCUUGAUAAAAUACAUAUAUAAGCUUAUGUAACCUACGAGGAGAUCAUGUUCUUCGAAUGUAGAUCAAUUAAUUUAGGAAGAUCGAAGUGCUCUUUUCAAUCAGGGAGGAUAAAAUAAUGUUUGAAAAAGAAAUGCCGAUCAACGUUGUUGUUGUUGUUGUUGCUUUUGCCUUUGAUCAAUGCUCUCCCUUUGGACCUCCUCCUGACAGGGGAGUAGGGUACAAUAAAUUAAAAUUUUUCCUUGGUGGGGGGAGGGGUGGAGGAGAAAUUUGUAGAAGUACAGUGUAGUACAUAAAAAAGAGAGGGGCCCGAGAAAAAUAUUUUUCAAUAUUUUGAUGACACAGACCUGUGCUGUUUAAAAACAUGUCAGAGGCGUGAAGGUGCUUGGCAACAAAAUUCCUAGGCCAACUGGUGUACACAAAUUUAUUUGCAUCCAUUUAUAUCUAAGGCAUACCUUAAAGUGGCUUGACCCCCUGUUAUUAACAAUCAUAAAUCCAGUGUAACACAUGUAUGACACAUAGACUGAAUUUUUUUUUGAUGAUGAUGAUGAUGAUGAUGAUGAUGAUGAUGAUUAUUGUUGUCAUUAUUAUUAUUAUUUUAUUUAGUUUUUUUUUUGUGAUUGGAAUUAGUAUCAAGUGACAAUAUUAUUGUUUUGGCUCUUUUUUUCAAAUUUUAGGAUAAGCCACUUAAACAUUGUACAUUGUACAUACAUGUAUGUUUUUUUUUUUUUUCACUUGUGACCUUCCACAGGGAAACUUAGACUAAUGGCUUUCUGUUAAACGGAUGAAACACAGAGCUUCAGAACGGGUUCCAAACGGCCCACUCACCUGUUCGAAGGGGUGCAUUGAACUGCUCAACGGGUUAUAAAGUAUUCCAAACGGCUAAAACGAACAGGUGAACGGAUUACUCACCCAUUCGAAUGGGUUGACUUAAACGGGUGAACCGAUCAAUUUCGGACAGGUCAUGAAGAAUGAUGGUGUCAUGUUAUCAGUCUGAAUAAAUAAACUCUCUACAUGUGGUCCAAUAAAUUAGGUUAAUGUUGAAAAAUGUUCUUAUGUACAUUAGCCUGUUCCAGUCUAUGAGAUAGUGGUGAAAAGUCAUUCAGUAAGAAGAAAUGUGAAAAACAGGCGCUCUCUACUAUCUGAGAGCCUGGCACAGGCUAGAUGUACAUAUAUUAACAAAACAAGGAAGUGGUUAAAUUUGAUAAACAGGACGUUGUACUACUUCUACUGAAGCAAAACUUGAAUUUAAAUGAAAGUUGCCAUUUGUUUAUCUUUGCUGAGUUUAAUGUGAGUAUUGAUAGCCUUGCACAGGGGAAAGCAUAAUGAUUAACAAUGUACAUUAAUAAUUAGAAUGAAUUAUUAUAUUAACUCAUUCUAAUGUACAUUGUUAAUUUGCUGUACAGGUAAACAUUUUUAUUAUGUUGUAAUUUUCUGAGGGUAAAUGUUUUUCUAUAAAAAUAAUGAUUAUUUCCUUAAAAACAUUGAAAUUGUAAAAAAACGUUAAAAAGCAUGACAAUGUUUUGAAGUUCUAAGAUGCUAUUAUCAAGUCAAAAUAAACAUAUUUUUCCUGAGAUGUAAAUUUCAAAAUUUACUUUAAUUUUACAGAUACACGGGUUUUUAUGAAAAUUCAAGUAGAGUGAAAUAUGGAUUUCACACACAGGGAUUUGAGUCUGAUCAGAGAUGAUAAUAACAUUGCUGGUCUCAACUCUUGUCUGACACACCAUAAAAAGGAUGGGACAGUUAUUUAUUUAUUUAUUUAUUUAUUUUGUUUUAAACAAUAUUUAGUCAGGGGUGCCCAGUUCAGCGAGGCUGGUUUGAAUGGGACCCAGAUGAAAAGGAAAAACAACACAAAAGACAACAACAAAUAAAAAAUGGAUGUUCAACUAAGUAUAGCAAUAGUAUUGGAGGCUCAAUUUGGCUUGGAUCUAAAGUGCCCUUUGGGGCCAAACCCAAACUUAUUUAAAUCAUGCUCGCUCCUUAAGUUUUUUAUUAAUUUUUAACUAUUACAGUGUAACUCUCCUUGGAAGAUGACUCUUAAAUGUAGUAUAGCACGUGUACAUGUCAGUUAGCAAUGUUUAGGACAACUGUUUUAAAACUACACCUUAUGUCAUAUACAUGUAACAGGUUGGAACCUUGGAUACACUUGUAGGAUUAUCAGAUGAUCUGGGCAAACUGGAUGCUUUUGUUGAAAGGUGUGUUCACUCAUAAUCUUCUCCAAUAAACUGACCAAUUAGCCAAAGACUGUUCACCAGUGAGGAAAUAGGUUUGAUCCUUAAAGAUUGCACUACUUUUAUUUCAUUUGGCUCUUUUUGAAAUCACACUCAUUCUAAUCAUUGAAUUAAGAAAAUCAGAACUUCAGCGGUUGUUUGUGAUUAAGAUUAAGAUUUGUUUAAGAUUACAGUAUUUUUAAGAUACUGAUAAUCACUUUUGCAACCCCAAGAUACAGUCAAACCUGUGCACAAUGGUCACCCUUGGGAAAUGGCAAGGUGACUGUUAUGUAUGGGUCAAUUUUGCAUUACAUGUAAAUGUAACACAACUGAAAAUUUUGGGAAGUUGUCCAGUGACCCUAUAAUGGUGACUGCUACAUACAGGGCCUUGAUAUACAGGUUUGACUGUAGUUCUUUUGGAACAUUUAGUUAUUAAAGUUAAUGAGUUAGUUACAGUGUAAUAAUAGUUAAUAAAUCUUCUGUUUUGUACAUUUGUUUAAUACAUUGCAGAAUCACUGACAAAAAGUAAUGAACAACUUAAAACUUAUCAACAGAAAUCAGUGUGCAUGCAUGUAUUGUAAAUUUAACAACCCACAUCUGGUAAAUGUAAAACAUUUUGUGCUUAAUUUUCUGACAGUGUGACACGCAAGUUAGCUCAUUACAUGACAGAUGUGUUGGAGGAGCAUCAGGUACACUGAAUUUGGGGAAUAAAUAGAGGAUAUUGUAUGGCCGUGCUGAGAUACGAAAUUUCUCUUCGAGUGUUGCAAAAUACUUCACUCGUUCGCUGCGCUCACUCGUGAAAUAUUUUUUCAACACGAGAAGAGAAAUUUUGUAUCUCCAAGUUGCCAUGUAAUGUUCUAUUUAUUAUAUAAACAACAAUGAACUACCAAACCAUUUCACUUUAAUAGUUUUUUGGUGUGAAAGGUGCGAUCUAUUAUGUAGCCAUAGCAACGGUGAUAUUUUCACAUGUGAAGAUAUCAAGUUUUCGCGCGAAAGCUCACCUGGUAUGUCAUUGGUGUUGAUAUAAUAAUACUAUUUAUUUAUGUCCGAUACAUGUAACUCUCCAGCUGUAAGAAUCGUUGAACUCCAACAGUGCCAAGACAUUCAGACAUUCAGGUUUUGAGUACAAUGUAGUUGUGUUGUUUCUCUAUAACAAAACACGUAAAGGCCUUUUACUGCACUCAAACCUACAUCAAGCUGCAGAAAUUCAUUGAAGCCAGAUCCAAAUGAAAUCUGUCUGAUGUACUUGUAGAAUGCAAGUUGGCACACUUUUGCGUAGAAUGAUAUGUGCAUUAAUUUAACGUAAUUACACUGCAGUAACAGAACAAUGUAUGAACCUGUGUUUUAUUUUAAAUCAGUUCUUAAUUCAAAUUCAAUUCUCUGGGAUGAAGCUUAAAGUUUAACAUUGUGGCAAAGUAGAGUCUUGAAAUUACAUGUACGGUUACCAAAAUUGCCCUCUUUUUAAGGCAUUAUGAAGAACCUGGACAGUAUGAAGUUUUCUUGUUUUUGUUUCAGGACAGAGUGAGAGAAAAUCUGCUUGCAAAUGGGCGUAAGUGAAUAAACUAUUCUUGUUGUUAUUCAUAAGCAGCUUGAAAACUCUACUACAUGUAUUCUUUCUGCAUUUUUAGUGGAUUUGAUGUAAGAGUUGUGAAAUUUGCCUAAUUCAAAGGGGAUUUCAAGAAAAACUUCAGGAAGUUUUCAUUUUCACUUUCACCAACAGAUCAUUUUAUUUCCUUGUUAGUCUCGCUUGCGUUUGUAAGCCGUUUUUCUUCAUAUUUUUUUAAUAAUUUAAGACACAAACGGGAGGCCAUGGUCCCAGGUGUUCCUAGUGUAGACUGUGGAAACUGGUAAUAAGAAUCGUUGCAUGACGGAAGCCACGCAUGUUUUGCAAAGAAAGCUUAGGAAAGAUUAGUGUGAUUUAGAGCUUUUUCGGAAUGGGUCUGCCCUCAUAUUCUAUCGUUUGAAAGAGUUGAUAACUUUGGAACAAGUGAACACUUCAGUAGUCAAAAAAAAGAGAAGAAUCUUAAUUAGGAAAGGCUAACUGUUAGGGUGUUGAAAACUUUUGUAGUAUGCAAAUGAGUCUUGCGAUGAGCAUGUGGCUUAUUUUGGGUGAAGAUUGGAAUGAUGUGCCAUGUUCUCAUUAUGUUUUUGAUUUCUGGCAAUGAUGUAAUUUCUCUCAAAUCGAUGCCCAGCCUUGAAUUUCGUGUAAUUGUACAAGCGUAUAGCCUGCGACUGCAGACGUGUAUCCAGUCGUUGCUAAAUCAAUUCAGAAACAAAUCGUUGAAUACGAUAUGAAAAGUGACUAAAUCCUGUUUUGUGUAGAAUUAUCGCCCCUCAUUUCUGAUCUAAUCUCCAAGCAAGCAAGGCUAAUUAAUGCUGAUAUUAAGAGCGCUGUUCUUAUAUUUUGCAUUCUGAAUCGCUAUAAAAUUGAAUGUCUUGUACCUAUAAAUUAUGUUUACAUUUUGCAUGUGAAAACUGUACUUUGGUCCUUUUACUUUUGAUUACCAACUAGUAGUAUUACUAGUGUGACAAUUAUACAGUUAAAAUUAUGGUGACAGUUUCUUUAUUGGUUUAGAGGAAUUAUCCAACUAUGUAACCAAGUUCCAGUGGGAUUCAGCUAAAUAUCCUACAAAGCAGUCAUUGAGGAAUUUGACUGAGAUCAUUAGUAAGGUGUGUGUUAAUCAAGUUACUUUUAUUUAAUACAUAGACUGUAAAUUACUGUGAAUCACCUAGCUAAAAUUAAGUUUUUCCAUUGAAUAUACAUUUUGAUACACAUUGGUUGUUGUUUUUUUUUCCCUUGCAUUUGACUACUAAUUUCAGCAAGUAACACAGAUUGAACAUGACCUAAAGAGCAAGUCAUCAGCUUAUAACACCAUCAGAGGGACCUUAGCCUCUCUGGAAAGAAAAGCUACGUGAGUACAGUGUACACCUCAUGUACUGUUAAAAGCAAUGCAAAAGUAAUGCAUUUGAGUGAUACAGUAUUUAUGAUGACAUUAUCCUUUCCUUCACACAAGACUUCCACUAAAGGCCAGCUAUGGGGAUUUUCCUUGGCUACUUUCAUAGCAAACAAAUGACAAAAUAACCACGUGGACUUCCUAGCUGUUCAAUCCCCUGCCCACUGAUUGCAUAAUAGCCUUCAACUUGACACUUUGUCUUACAUAUAUUUUAGUGACAGCCCCUAAAUCCAUGUCCUGUUGCAUGGUUUGCACUGUUCUGUACAGUGAAAAUAUACUUGUACAAGAUGGGAGAAUUAUACAUGUAAAUCAGGGCCCAGUUGUUCGAAGGCUGAUUAGCGCUUAACCCAUGUUUCUUUUUCUUGUGUUCAAAAGCAUUAAUUUUCUCGGAUAAUUUUCUCUGUUAAUUUGAAAGCUUCCAAUCAUCAACUUGUAGACAAAAAAAUUAAAACUGAAAUGCUUUUUAAGCUUUCAAAUCUGAAUUCAAAUCUCACACUAAAUGACCCUGGGUUAUCUUAACCCAGCUUUGAACAACUUGGCCCAGGGCUGUCACUAAGAUUUCAUGGUACCGGGUAUAUCCAAUAAGUAGGUAGAGAAUUAAACAGCUAGGAUAUUGUUUGAAUUCUGUUUUCCUUGUGUUUCCCAUAAGGUAAUCAGGGAUUAUGCUUGUAGCCAGGGAAAAUCCCUGGCCCUUAUCCCUUGGUGACAGCACUGAUAAAUACUACUGUAUGCCUUUUUUUCCAGAAAUUACUCUGCUUGUUUACAUAUUGUUGUUGUUGUUGUUUCUUUGUUGAUUUUACUGUUGUGUGGGUUCUGCAAUGUAGAUGUUGUAGUUAAUUUUUAUCUCACUGAGGUAAUUAUUUUUUCUUUUGUUUCAACUUCAUUAGCAUCCAUACCAUACCCAAAAACAAAAGAAAAACAGAAAUUACCUGAGAAAAAAAUUAACUACAAAAUAAACCUUCUGAAACAAUCUUGCUUGUUUUGAUAUUCUUUUAUAGAGGAAGCCUUUUGACAAGGAAUUUAGGAGAUCUGGUGAAAAAAGAGUACUUUGUUUUGGAUUCAGAAUACCUCACUACUCAGCUUGUUGUUGUUCCAAAGUAUGUACUGAAGUACUCACCUUUCUUGUUUAUUAAAAAAAAUCAAUACAGUAGUAAUCAGAAAUCUUUUUAUUUUCAUCUCUCAAACAACAGCCUUUCUUACAUUGCCUGAUUUUCUCGUACUCGAGAAAGACUUGGCAUGAAUCGAGUAAGAUCUUUGUUGAGAAUGAAUCAGACAUUGCUAGGAUACGGUUUCAAAACCAGGCCUAAUAGCCAUGUACUUGGUACAGCCAGCUCAGUUAGAACCAUCAGUUUUAUCAACAAACAGUUGCUUGCACUCAAAAAACCAGUUUGGCAAGAGAAAAUAAGGCUUUGAUGUGAUUUCACAGUACAGAGCAUCCUUUUGUUUUCCUCCAUCAGGAAAAAAAAGCCAAAAGAAGGCUCUGCUCAUAGUGCAAAAAAAAUUGCACCGUGAGCACAAAAUUGUAAAUUCUUGUGCUAAAUUAUUGUUAGUUAACCACUAGAUUUAAUUUUUAUAACUUGCAAUUGUUGGACAGCAUGUGUGAAAACCAGCUUGCUGAGCCAUUUACCGCGUUUAAACAAAGUUGAUUGAUUGAUUGAUUGCAGUGGGAGUUCCAGACCUUCAGAUAAGAGGGGGCCUGGUAAUCCAGACCCUGAGAUAAGCGCGGGAGGUGAGGGGGGAGGGGGAUGGGGGGGUUGGGGGGCCGGGUCUUAAGUAGUAAUUUUUCGGCCCUUUAGGCCUCAUUAUUUUUGGUCUAAAAAUAUGGGAGGCCCACGCCCUUCCCCUGGAUCCACCACUGUAGUGUGCAGCAUGAGAAGCAAUGUGUGGAAAAUUAAUUUUAAGGAUAAUGAAUUUUAUUAGUUAUUGCUGUGUAUUUGCUGCAUAUUUCUUAUGACUUGCUUUAUAUGAAUGAAAUGUUUUUUACUUCAAUUUGCAUUUAUAUCAUACUGUACAUGACUGUAUGUUAGUUUUCCUUAAUUGUUAAUGCGCUGAAUAUAAAGUAGUGUUUUUCUUUAAUAUUGAUUUUUAGAGCCCUGUACAAUGAUUGGAAGAGUUACUACUGGAAACUCACUGACAUGGUCGUACCUAAUUCCUCGAGGUUGGAGUAUUACUUUAUUGUUCCAUAAAAAUGUUAAAUUUAACAAAUGUAGGAGUGCUUAUUAAAACCUGGGUAUUAGGCCAUUAGCACUAAGAGGUCAUGUGACAUCGUGUUUAUGAAAAUGAAAGUUAUAUGAUUUUGCCUUCGAAAAACGAUUAGUGGGUCAUAUCUUAAACAAAAUAAUAGUGAUUUGGUUUUUAAAACCCGUACCAUUUUCUUAAAAUGAGUAAGUUCGUAGCUCGUCACGUGACCAAAAAUUAAUGUGAUUUGUAAAAUUAGGUAUUACAUCUUUCAGAACACAAAUUUUGCACUUAAAGUUCAAGGGAAAUGUUGAAAAGAUGAUGUGGUAACGUUUACAGCACAUCUGAGCGUAACUAUCAAACGUUUAACAAGACUUAAGCAAAAAGUAGUUUUGGCCGCCAUGUGGGAGGGCAAGAGUAUGCCUUCCAAGAUGGCGGCCAAUACAAAUCAUACUGCUUUGUUGAAAAAUCAAAGUGCCAUAAAAUAUCUCCCUUAAAUGCGUUCCCUCUCAAAUUUCGGGCGUAAGAUAAUUUUUAUGUGCUCUGUCAAUUUUUGGUAUCAGCAAGAUUCCAACGCAUUGUUUAAAGGAAGCAUUGGUCACGUGACCUCUUAGUGCUACUGGCCUAUAGCCCAACACUCUUGUUUUUGUUGGUCCAUAUUUUUCUGUAUCUAGAUUGACUUGUUCUGUAAUUCCUAUGGUUCUCUUUCACAGCUUAGUUUUCGAGGACAACGAACAUGGCUUGUUCACUGUUACCUUGUUUAAGAAAGUUGUGGAUGAAUUUAAACUCCAUGCACGAGACAAGAAGUAAGUUGCAAGUUCAAAACGAUUUUUUUUCCACACGCAUUCGGUGUAAACGGUCACCGAAAACGCACCCUUUCAAGAAUUCUUUCCAGAGAGAUGUUUGAAAACGACGGCUUAUCGGUCGUUAACGUGUGGAUGCAUAAAAUCGGAGUUUUUCGAAUACGAUGAUUUCAUACAGCACACUUGUCUGUAACAGACCCCGUGAAACCCUACCCAGUGGCUUCAUUCAGUCUACCCAUGUGAAAAUUUUGCCUCCCCGAUACCCGGCGAAUAGUUUGUUUCUACCCGGUUAAUGUUUUGCUUCCCCGGUCACUUUCUAUUGUGACUUGUACAAAAAUAGUGUACCUCGUUAUUAUUAUUUAUUAUUAACAUUAUUUAUUAUUAAUUAUUCACAUUAUUAUCAUUGAUAAAAAAGUCGGCGGGUACAGGUAAUCGAUCUCGCAUAAAAAAGUGUUAAUCUUUUCAUUCGUCUCGCUAGAGCAGUACAGUGUAUGUAAAAGGUUUUCAAAGGUUUCAUACCGGUAAAAAUGUUAGGCCUCCCACCCGUUUUAGCUUUUAUGGGAGACACACAACUAAGAAAAAAAGCCCAGUGGAAAAUACGCCAACCUGAUGAUGUUUUCUCCGAGAACCCAGUGAAGAUAGAUUUCACAGGUCUGUUACAGAGGGGCGUAUGUUACAGCCAUAGAACAUAGAGCGCUUGCCCUGUAUGGCGUGCAAUCGUAUUUUCAUCGUUUUAGGAGUUUCCUGUAGACGGGCGAAAGCAAUUCGAAUACGCUACGUGUGGUCACGUCUUUUUUUUUCAAAAAACGGAGAGAGUCUCCUUUUUAACUCGUGGGUACGCGCGAGCGUACCACGAGUUAUUGCAGGGACUGAGAUAUGCAAAUGAGUCACUCACUCACUCGUAGUAGACGCACUUCGUAAUUAAUCGGGUCCGAACUCGAGAGCGCGAAGAUCUAUCGUUUCCAAAGAAGCACGCGCUCGCCGAAGUUCGGUAGCAUCAAAUUCCUCGCUGCGAACGUGCAUCGUGCGCUACAGCACGGUUAGGAUAGAGGUCUUACCAAAUUAAGACAGGCAGGAAUCUUUCAAAUUAGUACGAUUCAAAAGCCUUUGACCCGUCCAGGCGUUAAACUUGACAAGAAGAUGAGCAUUUGCUCUUCGACUCCUUCAACUUCGACGCUGGCUUGAUCUCGUACCUUGUAGUACUGUAGUAGGUUAUGUGUAUGAAUGAAUUUAUGGCGGUCAGUAUAAAACACGGAAUGCGAACUACGGACUGGUGAAAUGUAUGGUAAAUAAAGGUACUUCUUCUUCUUCUUCUUCUUCUUCUUCUUCUUCUUCUUCUUAAGGACUCCCCAAGAUCACGGGGGGAAAUGGAUGUGAGUUUGAGCAUUACCUUUUUAAAAUAACAGCGGAUGUCGACAUAAGAAAACAUAAGCUAAUGUUUUGCGUCCUACUUCGCGGAGGAGUUGUGUCGGCUUUGUAUCGCAUAUGUUCUUUCAUUGCUAUGAAAUGCGUUUACAUUGUUUUUUACUGUCAGUAGCCUGGUUUCAAUUAGCCUUAAUUUCAUCCCAUUCCUUCGAGUCGUUUUUAUGGCUCGUUUGUUUGCCCGGUCGUUUGCCGGCGGAAGUUCCAUAUAACGUGCAUUAAAUUUGAUUGUUUAUCAUGUGACUUCCUCAAUGGCGUAGUGGCUAAGUGAGGUCGGGUCUCACCGAAGGUACCGGGUUCAAAUCCUGCUACAGACUUUCUUUUUCCCUUCUUCCUUUUUUUUUUCUUUUUUGUUUUGCUGUUUUUUUUGUUUUGUUUUUAAAUAUAUACUUAAAUAACUGUUACUAAAGUGCAAUAAACAGCAAGAAAAGUAUUGUGUUUCCAGAACAAGGAUAGUAUAUUUAUAAUAUGAAUUUCUAUCAUUUCCUAAAAUUCACUGUGGGAAAACCAGAGGUGAUAACCAAUUGAUUAUUUUCUAAACAACGUACCCACGAGUUGACGAUAGUCUUUCUUUGAUUUAAAGAUACCCGGACACGUGUGGACGAGGCCUUUUAAAUAACAAAAACUACAAACAGCGUUAUUAAUAGCAAAGAAAUACAAAACACAUACACACUACCUACAUUUCGCUAAAGCUCAGUAUUCGAGGCAGGCAGUGUGUGGACGCUACAUACAUGAACUGAUACAUUUUAAGACAUUUCAAAGGGAAAUGAAAAAGAUUUACAGUUCACGAGGAAAAAGAGAUGACUAGAAUAAUAAUACGAAUAAAUAAAUUUGUAAAUUAGUAAAUAAAUAAAAAUUGCAUUACAUUGGAUUAACAUGGUCCUUUUUUUAGCUUUCCUUGAUAAGGCUGUCUAUAUCGGCAAUCCCAUCCUGUCUUUGAAGAUCGAACAUUAUUAACAUUAUCGUUUGGCAAUGCAUGCAUUGAUUGAUUAAAAGUACGUGUACACGCACUACUGAGUCUGGAUAGUUGCAUGGUUAUGAUCACUUUCAGGCAGUAUUGACUCAGUCUCUCUCACUUUAUUUAUUUUGUAAUUUCAUUUUUCAGGUUUUUAGUACGUGAAUUUGUGUAUGAUGAACAGGCGCUUGAAGCAGGAAAAAACGAAAUCACUAAACUGGAAUCGGACAAAAAGAAGCAAUUUGUAAGUUCACUCUCUUCGUCCCGUGCUGUGGUGUAUUUGCGAAUUUUCCGACUGCGUAGUAAAAUGUACUCUAUGUACAGUUUGCGAUUUGGCUAAAACUUUCCAACAAUCAUGAUACCAUUCGUAAAUUGUUUGGACAGUUUUGGACGAUUUAUCCUACGCUAGGCACUGUGUACGGUGUUCGAGCUCUGUUCAUUUCAUUACAUUGCAAGGAUCUGUUGUGGUAAAGCAAGUUUAUACUUGCUUUAGUUUGCUUAAGCGAUGACCGCUCUGUUAUCUUCCUUGUAAGGGUCCUCUUGUGAGGUGGCUGAGAGUGAACUUCAGUGACGCUUUCAUCGCAUGGAUUCACGUUAAGGUAAUUACGUUUGCACGCACCAACGCUGGGAUAAUUUUCACAGUUGUAAAAACUUUGGAGGAAAAUCCUCGCGCUGUUUCCAGUUCUCUUUUUACCCGUACCGUGCCCUUUGGUGUGCGAGAAAACAAAAACGUAUGUCCUUAGUCGUUCGAAACGAGGACAACACUGUACACUGGAUAGCCCGCCUGCGAGCAGGCUUACUUGUGAGAAUUCGCGGAAAAUUUUGGCGGCGGAGCCCCGGCUCCACCCUCAAAAUUUCCCCGACGUCGCACAAGUAAGCUUGCUCGUAGGCUAUCCAUUGGAUAACGCAAUUGUUUUCUCUAAUACUCAUCAGGUGGAUUGUGAUUUAUCCAGUGGAUAGUGCAAUAGCGGAGCCUGGCGGUCAGGCUACAAUCUUGGACAAACAAAUGGAAAACCUAGAACUCCACCCCUCCCCCCAAAUCAAAAAUGGGAAAAUGGCGCGUUUUUGCCCUUCGCGCGGCUUCAUCCUUGAUUUUGAAGGAGGGUGGGGUGGGGUGGGGGUUUGCUGUUCCAUUUAUUCUGUCCAAGGUUGUAGGUCCUCAAUCUCUAAUCUGACGUUGCUUACCAUUUUUACACAAACCAUCCGGUUGAAAAUGUCUUGCAUAGUCAUUAUUUUGUCAAUCGAAUUUGACCUUGUGGGAAAAUAGCCUCCGCUCUCAGCUGGUCAGACCAAAAAGAAGAGAAAAACUGCAUCACCAACGGACACAGUAUGGCCCGAGCCAUAUGAUUUUCCAGUUUUCCUUCAUAAUCGAUAAGUGCCCUUAAACUCGAUUUUUGGUAAGCUUUGUCUCCAUGGAAGCCUCUGUUCUAGCUUAACGACAACCGGAACAUGGCUGAAGUGCUAGUUGACCUUGACGUAACAAGUUUCGAAGUUAUAUAUCACCAGAGAUAAGCGAGUACCCUCUUUAGGUCUAUUUUCGUCCAUUCCUUUCUUCACUAUUCGCGUCAAAAUAAUCUCCAGUUGAUCAAGGAUCUACUGUUGGUCCUGUAUGCAGUUGAUCACAGUUGCCUUUUAUUUUAAAAUCAGUCUUUUCUUUGUUACCUUUUUCAGGCUCUUCGUGUAUUUGUGGAGUCUGUUCUCAGGUGAGCUAAGUGUGAAACCGGUUAACUUUAGAAAGAUUCGUAUCCUGGAGCAGCAGCCCAUUUUACCUUGGCGGUUUUAAUCGGGGCCAUCGUUAUUAAUUCAAAUUGUAUCGUUCUUUAUGGGAAGAGUCUGGGACGGGUGAGUGGGAUGUCGAGGAUUGUAUGUUGACUUUACCACCGCAGCAUUAGCUCAGUCGUUAGAGCGGGAGGUCGUGGCUUCGAGGAGGGGAAAGGAGGGGGAGGGUUCUUAAAAUAACUGAGAAAUGAAGAUACUGCAUUUGCCUUGCAAACGGGUAGACCCUAGCGUGGCACGUGUCCUCGAUUAGCUCUUUCGUUGUAAAAACAAUGCAGUGAAACUCAAAGUACUUUUUUUUGUGUUGGUCAGGCCAGGUUUUACACAAAAAAAUGUGAUCUCCUGUACUUUAUCGUCACAUAUAUGCGCUUAAUCCUCUGUUUGAUUUCUUCUUUAUUUUAGAUAUGGAUUACCUGUUAAUUUCCAGGCCAUGCUUCUGCAGGUAUUUUUGUCUUAUAAAUAUAACUGGUGUGCGAAUCUCUCGGAAACAUUUUUUGACAUAGAUUUGCAAGAAUUACUGUAUUACAGCUGGGACACUGAGGAAAGGCCUUAUAUUUCACGUAGAAAUCUUUUAUGAUGCUUAGAGCAAUAUUUCAAGCAAUGUGCAAAUCUCGGAAACUCUAGGAAGAAAGGGUACAAGCUUUGGGUGCAGUGAUUUGUGGGAUCGUUUGAAUUGGCAAGCGUUAGUUAUGAUUGGUCGAUGGUAUUUCUAGGCAACCAUUAACCAAUCAUAAGUAAUGCUAGUCCACCCGAACCAUCCCACAAAUCGUUGCGCCGAAAGCUGGUACCCAUUCGCCUGACAGUUUGUGGAGUAGAGCAUUAGCUCUUCCGAGUGCCAUAAUUUCCUAGCCUUAGCCAUUUUGUAAAAGGAUAGCUUCGUGUUGGACUUCAUGUCAUGCGUGUCCUGUAUCGAAGCUUGACAGUUUAAUUCAAUUUCCUUUACUUUCGCAGCCUUCUAAGAAAACACACAAGAAGAUAAAGGACAUGUUAGACUCAUGUUAUCAGCAUCUUGAUAAUCAAGGCUUCAGUUCAUCAAUGUACGACACACAGGUAUGUGCUACUUCUUGUAAUUGUAAUUUUUAUUUAAAUUGUAUCGUAGCUUUUUACCCGCGCACCACUUAGCAGGUCUUAAUAACUAGUGCGUUCCAGAUCGAAUUGGAUGUAAUUUGUAUGUGUUGGUUUUUGAGGAGAGGAGUAAAACGGAGUACCCCCCACCCCCCUUCCCCACCCCCCCCCGCCUCUCCAAAAAAAAACAAGACCUCGCAGAGUAAGGAAAAGAACCAACAACAACCUCCACCCAUAUAUGGCGACGACAGCGGGAUUUGAACCCGGGCCACAUCGGUGGGAGACAAGUGCUCUCACCACUGCGCCACCCUUUGCUCUAUCAGGUCACAUUAAACCGGCUCAAUGUAAUAGCUGUGAUUUUGGCGUGUUCUUUAAUUCUUAACCUGUUCAUUUUCUUACAGACUCUUGACAUUCCGGGACUCAGUUUGUCACAGCAAGAGUAUUAUCCUUACGUCUUCUAUCAAAUUAAAUUGGACGUAAUGGAGCGGUAAAGGAAAUGGAAUUUUACUAAACUAUAAUCGAGGAAGAUACACUGUACUUUGAAGUUGAUCAACUAUUGACAGGCCAAAAAAUAUGAUAAGACCAAUUUAACGUUGUCUUUUGCGACAUCGAGAGACUGAUUUGUGGAAUUGAGUAAAUAAGAAGUGGAGUAUGAAUACUAUUGCAGUCUCCGCGAAAACGUUCAAUGAAUUGUAACUCUCCAUCGGUUAAAGUAAUAAUUUACAAUAUUUGCAUUCUCUACUGUAUUCAAGUGAUCUUGCACCCAAAUCUCCCACGGUCGGACCUACAGACUGCCGGACGCCAGUGAGAUCUGGGUACAAGGUAACAUGAUAUCAGGCCCAAUGUUAGCGGUUCUCGUACAUUCUCUCUAACGGCUACCGCUAAAAGUUCUCUUUUCGUUUCGCCUUGCCAUUCGGAAUGUUAUUUACAAAGCGAAACGAAAAUUGAGCCUGAUCUCAGGUUAGGUACAAGGCUUAAGACCAACAAAUACGUUCACAAGGAAAGGAGGCUUAUUUGUUCGAAAUAAAAUUAUAGACGAAGUAUUUGGGACGAAAAAGCGGUGUAAGAGUUUAAUGAAAAAUAGAACUCCUUCUUGUAAUCACAUUAAUGACUUUUUCUCUCCGUCUCCACCCGCUCAAGUUCUACCCUUCUACUGUGAACUUUCCUUCCUCCUAAAGUCAGAUUAUAAAUGGAUGUUUGUUGUUAAACCCGAAAGCAACAGCUCUUGAGAGAAACGAUCCGCCAAAAGCAGGGACCGCAUGCUAGGUUGUUUCCUUGCCAUUGUUAAUAUUGGUUUACUUUCUAAUCAAGAGAUAAAAGAAGAAAUUUCCAAAGGAAAAUCUUAAAUGCGUAUCACCUGAAUGAAUGCAAACAACAUCAGUGUACAGCUAUAGCCCGAUUGCAAUUAAAGGAGCUACGACAGAGGGAUAUUGCUAUUUUAGGUCUAUGCCAUCCGUAAAAACAAAAAACAGAAACAGUUUAGGACUCAGUUGACGUGAAGACACGUUUUAGAAAAUAUCGCAAGAUAGCACCUUUUAAGCUCUAGAGGAGAUUUUGCCCGAUUCGCGGUUAUUCUGAAACAUUUUGGUAUCGGACUCGUUUUGCCGCUUACACACAGGUGAGUGGAACUUUGAAUCCGGAAUCUUAACCAGGUAGUUUGUAUCCGAAUGAAUGUUCUUGAAUUCAUUAAUGUGUGUAAACGCUUGUAAAUCGGAAUACCUUAACUGUAAUAAAUCAGCAAACACUAAUGAAUUCGGAAAUAAAUAAAAACUCAUGGAAUGUAAGCCUACACUAAGGCUUUGGAUUGUGGUUGUAGUUCU